CGCCCAUUUUAAAUCGUCACAAAUUUCGGCCCGCGCAUGAUCAUUCCCCUUGGGGCGUGACGUCUUUAUCAUUUGCAUAAAACCAGUUGAGUGAGCUUGUGACGGUGUGCAAGGCGGCCCCUUCCUCUCCCGACACUCUGCAUAAUUGGGCAAGUGUUAACCGUCUCUGGCAUUCCAAGACAAUUUUUCCAGAAAGCCGGCAUCCCUUUGUAGGCUCUGAGGCAAGCGGUGGAGGCUCGAUACUAUGUGUGAAAGGAUGGAAGCUGUGAAGAAGAAGCUGGCGAAUCUGCGGCAAGAGGCCGAACUCGCCAAGGAAAAGUGCGAAGAAGCCGAGAACGCCAGGAAAGAGGCAGAAGACCGGGCGGAACAGGCCGAGAAUGACAUCGAGAGCUUGAGGAGAAAGAUGCAGCUGCUUGAAGCGGACUUGGACACCGCGGAGACCAGCCUCAAGGAAACCAACGAGAGAAACCAGGAACUAGAGUCAAGGCUCGACGAGGCCGAAAGGUCAAGACAAGCACUAGAGCACAGGAGCACCACAGAGGACGACAAGUCGUCGCAGAUGGAAACUGAUCUCAAGCUAGCGAAGGAGGCAAAAGAGGAGAUGGAACUCAAGUAUGAAGAGGUCAGUAGGAAACUAGUCAUGGCGGAACAGCAGCUGGAUAAUAUGGAAGAUAAAUACAAAGAAGCUGAGCAGCGAGUGAAGGCGUUGGAAGAGGAGUUACAGAUCACAGGAGACCAGGUCAGGUCCUUGGAGUCCAGCCAGAACAGGGGAGAGGAUGAGGAGAACAGCCUGCAGAGCCGGUACAGAGAGCUACAGGACACCCAGAGAGAGACCGAAACUCGUGCUGAAGCAGCCGAAAGGAAAAUACAACUGAUGGAGACAGAAAUAUCAAAGUUAGAAGACCAAUUAGAAGAAGUGAAAGAGAAGUACCAGGGAGCAAAGGCUGAUCUGGAUGCAGCUCUGAACGAACUCAACGAAAUGUAGCUAUGGAAUGAAAGAGGGAACUGUGUAGUAAUACUAGAUACCGGAUGUACGACGUGACCGCGGGUUCUUGUUUCAUGCCAGGCAACCGAAAGUCUUCCACCAUAACUUGUUUAUGUUACACCAGACCACUCAGACAGUAGAGCAACUUUUAGUGACAUUAACAUAACGGGCUCAUUUAUUCAGAAAAAAAAACGGAUAAACAUACAUAUUUCAGCACUAGUAGGGUUCUUUGAUACGUAUGUAUGACACCAUGUAGCAUCAAAAUCUAUAAGCAAAAUGGUUUCUCAUCCAGGCAGAGUAAGUUUGGUUAUCAUUUGUGUAUCCUGUGCCCAUGUUCAAUACGUUCAGCUGUCAUUGCAACCUUAACCAUAUUUUCAUACGGAAAAGUAUUGAAAGGCGAAGAGAUUUAUCUUCGGACACAGUUUGUCUAAUGCGGCUACAAAGUUCAAAGUUGCAAACUCGCACCUUAUUAACCACUUGGUUAUAUCCUUAAAUUUAUUAUAAUGAAUGGGAAGAUUAUGGGGGGAUUUCGAGAGAUUUGGCACUGUUUACUCCGUUUGUUGCCUUCCGACAUUCCUACAAAAGAUGUCUUUUUGUAAUGGUUGGUCACUCCAUGCUCUAUGUACUAGGAUAGAAACGAGAACGCUCGCAGUGACAAACACGAGAAAUGGUGUUUGGGAACAAGAAUGCCAAGUUGACGACUUUUAAUCGCUUUUUACAGUGUAAUUUUAAUAAGCCAUUUUUAGCAAUAUUGUAAGCGAAUCGCAAUGCCACAACGUAAGACAUUCGUGGUGUAUUAUAGUUGUUAGCACUUGUCAAUGUUACUCCCUGGGGACAGCUGAGGGAUAAGAAUAAGACAUUUGUUCGCCACGAACUGAAGACACUUGCCUGUAGCUAUACCUUAUCAUGAAAUGUUAAUCUACCACUACCAGUUACGUGAUCAAAGUGUACAGAAUGCAUGGGAGGCCAGGGCUGACUGCAUCGUAAAUAAUUGUAGAACAUUUGAUAUCGUUUGAAUGAAAGAAAGAGCGAGAUCGGAAGACUUACAGGAAAGAAAAUAUUGGAGAAAUAUUGGCAAGUGCUCUCAAGUUGAAUUUGUCCGCGUGUAAAGGGAAUUAUGACGUAAGUUGGGGUAGAUGGUGACUGUAGAUUUGUGGUAGUUUUGUAUAAUGGUAGAGAUCGAUACAUCAUCGGAAAAUAUUUGUGACGUAAAAUUCUUCAUCCGUUACUGUUGUUUUGUCUGUACUUUUGUGCGUGGCGGUUUCAACUUAAGUUGGCAACAUUUGUCAAUAAAUGUCAUUAGUACUUCA